AUGCCCUGGGAGGGAACUAAUGCCAACACGGAUGUGGAGAGACAGCUUGAGGCGCCGUUGCCAUGGAUAGGUAUGUACGUUGCUGGAGCGUCUCUAGUCUGCACGCUUGCGAUGGCUGCCGAUGCUUUCCACGGAUUCUGGAGCAAAAAGUAUUGGUUCCCAUCUAAAUAUUUUGCGCUGGACGCGACCUCCUUGGCGUUGCUAGCAGUGGCGAUGAAGCUCCCGGUUGACCUCACUACUAGGAUGUAUGCUGUGACAGAUCGUCUGGCGAAGGUCAGCAGCCUUGUGUUCUUGUCGACCGCCAUGGCUAAUUUCUUGACUUCUUUGGGGUCCAUGGGUGAUAAGGACGUUCUGAUGAACGUCACGGCUUUAGGCAUUUUGGUGAUCACAGUGACAGCUAAUGUAUGCAUCCAGGUUAUCCAAGUGCAUUCUUAUCUCAGUGGAAGGCUGGUGUUUGUUGAAGAAAUUUUAGCCAUUAUUGCUAUGCUGAUUUUGCUUGUUAUGGUCAGUUCAUCGGCCCUGAUGAUUCCCUCCACUAAACGGUACCUGGAAAAGAAGUACCAUGAGAUGCAUAAAUCGGCUUUAAACGAAGAGCAAGUAGAUAUGGGAAGAGUUACUACUGAGAAAUUGAGAGUAUUAAUCAAGAAAUAUUGGGUGAUGGCAGAAACUAGUAGCCCUCAGUUUGUGAUAGCUCGUUCUGUUACCUGCACAGCAUCUGGUGCCGUGAGCUUCUUGAUUGCUCUCAUUUUGGUGGAAGCUCAGAUUCGGAUGGGAAUGGAGUUCAGCAUACUGAAUAACUAUUACUCCAGUUAUGGGUGGUCGACCAAAUGGAUUAUGAUCAGUCAAACUAUUGGAGUGAUAGUGGGAACCAUUGCCCCAGCAGCCAGAUGGUUCAUUGCCAUAUGGUUUAGGUCAUCGAACAACGGCAGUAAGGCCAUCAAAGGUGCAUUCACAGUAGAGGGCUAUUGGACUCAAAAGAUGGUGGAGUGGGAACAACGAUCGUUGUCUGUGAAAAUUCGACAUCUCAAGUUCAGAAAAGUUGUUCAUUGCCUGAGAGGACUAGUUCUCAAAUUCUGCAUCUUUGUUCAGUUUCUUGUUGUUCUUGCCAGUAAACUAGUCCUCCUCGUCUCCAUCUGCAUUACAACUCCAACCAUCUUAUGCCUCAACUACGUCACACAGUUGAGGCAGAGACGCGUAUCUGACUCUGGAUCCUCACGACAUCACAAAGUCACAGAAUCCACUGCAAACUCUGAGGUGGACAUUAGGCAUUAUGUUAUGCUGCUUGAAGGGGAAGUAGAGCUGCCCACAGAAAGUGUGGAGAACAUCUGCAAAGAGGUAGAUAAAGUCAUUCAAAAAGGCCAGAAGAAGAAGCCAAUAUACUUGUUAAAGUUUCUAUGUAAAUCAUCCAACUUCAGAGGGGUGAUCGAAUUUGAUAGUCGUCGAGUUUUAAGUCUGAAUUCUCAAGACCUUCCUUAUUGCUGGUCUCUAGCUGUGGUCACCCUGACCAGCAUCACGCUCGCACUUCCCAAUGUUGAAAAGCAGAAAUCCAAUCACCUACUGAACAGUGUCACUGAAGGGCUCCGCUUCAUUAAGCUUAUAGAUUCCCUGCAUAAAAAAGGUGAUCUAGAAAACAUAAGAACUGCAGCGGAUGUCGUCUGGAUACUACACGAGCUCUCUGGCAAAGCUCAGAAGACUGUCCUGGAGUUCAAGAGAGGUGCGAGAGACAGCCUCAUGAAAAAUCCUCUUAACUGGCCUCCAAAGGUUAUUGCUGCCAACUCAAUGUACAGGAUCAGCAGAACAAUUUUGCUGACUCAUAGUGCUGAAAAUGACAAAACAGAUGAGGAAUUGUUUGAGCAGUUAUCCAUCAUGAUUGCAGAUAUAAUGGCAGCAUGUCUUACCAAUUUACCACAGGUAAUAACCAUGAAGUGUCACCGCAAUGCCAUUGAAGAAAGAGAGAAGAGUGUGUGUAAAGCAGCUCUACUCCUGGGUGAAACAGAAGAAAUUCUUGCACUUCUCCAGCAACGUGAACUGCCAUUCUUGGACCCCGAUCGGGCAGCUUACAUUGAAGAGUGGCGAGCUUUAAUGAAGAAAGAAAAUAAGAAUAAUCAGGACUCUGUUUGA